UCUUGAUUCACAGCAGAUCUCUGCAAUUUAUCGCUUUGUCGCAUCUAACCCUAAACUGUGUCUAAGUGGCUCAGCCAGCAGGGUGUUUGCACUGAUCCUACAGUGCUCACUUCUCUCAGAGGGAGUUGCUUCGCUGCUGAUGCUACGAAGAUAAAUCCGUUAUCUCCCAUCUUGUCUUAUCGCCAUCUCUUCUCUCUCCCCUCUGCGCAACUGAGUCGACACCGGUGGCAUAUUGGACGCGCUGGAUGGCUGCUGCACUUAUCGAACCGGUGUGAAUCUUUUUUCCAUCAUCCUCAUCUUCCUCUGAGACUGAAAGCAAAACAACCGCAGUAAGAAUGACAGACCAGGUGACCCAAGAGUCCUACCCCGUCCCAGACCCGACUGUUGUGGAUCCCUGCCCGGCAACGGUGCGGAACGGCCAGUGCGCCCCGGAUGGCUUCACCAACCACAACCACCAGCAAGCCAAAACCCCCACGGAGCCUGAGUCAUUCACCGUGGGCCAGGAGAUGAAAAUCACAGACACGGUGGAGGGAGAAGGUCUCCUGGAGAGCAGCAUGCGCCUGAAGCCCCAUGAAGCACAGAACUACAGGAAGAAGGCGCUCUGGGUGUCUUGGCUCUCCAUCGUCGUCACUCUUAUUCUGGCUGUGGCAGCUUUCAUAGAGGGAAGCGAGGCAGAUGGCUAUGGACGAAUGAAUGAAGCUCUGGAAGUAUUAGAGGAUUUCUGCCAUAUGGUACAUUUUAUGGUGCUUGCCAGGCAGUCCACUGAGAAGCUGUUCCACACUCAGAGUAGGGACUGA